AUGACCGCGUCUUCCCCCGCGCUGGGGGCUGCAGCCGCGACGCCUGCGCCUGAGAGUCUCAUGCAACGAGUGUGGCCUGUGCUGCGCAUGGUGUGCAUCUACUACGCCAUUACGUCCGUCAUGAACCUGUUUGUCCCACAUCAUCAUCAGCAGCAGCAGCAGCAGCGCCCCACCGUCCACGACACGACAAUCGUUCAGAAUGCGGACAACCCCAAUAGUGGCCCCUCUCAUGUGCAACUCCUUAGCAACUCGUUUCACUUGGGCGAUCCACUGAACUUGAGAGUGUAUGUCACUCGAGACGCUCACUUUUCCUUUGCCGCUGGAGGCCACAGCGACGUUGCGGUCGCGCGCGAGCAAGAGACGCUGCGAUGGAUGGAAAACGCGCUCACGUACGACGCGAGGCCCAAUCCACAGCGCGCGGACGGCAUGUGGGUGCACCGCAUGAACGUCACCGUCGACGAGCACUUGUUGGCCAACGGCUCGCUCUACGCGCACGUCUUCUUGACCAAGGACGACCAUUCCCCCAACCCUGCAGACGGGACGUACGACGUCAUGAGCUGCGUCCACCGCACGAUUGCGCUCACAGUGUUCCGGCCACCGCCCAAGACGAUCGAAAAGCGCCACUUGCUUGGGGCGCGGCCACAAGAAGAAGAAGAAGAAGAAGAAGAAGAAGAGGAGACGCAGCAGUUGCCGCGUGACGCGGACGUGUACGUGUCCAUGUGGAAGCCGUCGUUCGCGAUCAACGUCGUGUUGGACCACACGACGUACUCGACGCGCCAGCCGCCGCAGCCGUUUCUGGCGACCGCAAUGAACGUCGACGAGGCCGCUGGACUGUACUCGCCGGUGCUGUUUCUGAACGAGUUUUGGCUGCUGGACGAGCACUUGAUCGUGGUGAACGACACGGUGAAGACGCUACCGCUCGAGCUGUCGUUCUACCCGCUGCCCGUGUACAAGUACGCGCUGUAUACGCAGAUGGAGCAGAACUUUCGCAAUCAAGAGGCCAGUGGCACGUCGUCGAGACGUGACACGGACAACAUGAAGAGCAUGUUUAUGGACACGAAUCCGUACCUGCUGGCAGUGACGAUGAUUGUGUCGCUGCUGCACUCGUUGUUUGAUUUCCUCGCGUUCAAGAACGACGUGAGUUUCUGGAAGAAUCAGAAGUCGCUCGCAGGACUGUCGCUGCGGAGCAUCGGCUUGAGCACGUUCUUCCAGCUCGUGAUCUUUCUGUACUUGAUGGACAAUGACACGUCGUGGCUCAUCCUCGUGCAGUCGGGGAUCGGCCUUAUCAUUGAAGCGUGGAAGAUCAAAAAGGCGCUCGUGUUUUCGCGCGAUGCCGACAACAAACUCGUUGUGUCGGGCGCCAAGAGCUACGAGAACUCACCUACUGCUGAGCAUGAUCGUGUGGCUGUAGCUCAUUUGUCGUAUAUUCUGUGGCCACUGAUUGUCGGGCAAGCUGCGUACACGCUAGUGUACGGUGUACACAAGAGCUGGUACUCGUGGGUGGUGUCGAGCCUCACGAGCUUUGUGUAUGCGUUUGGGUUCAUCAUGAUGACGCCUCAGCUGUACAUUAAUUACAAGCUGAAGUCGGUGGCGCACUUGCCUUGGCGUGCUAUGGUGUACAAGUCGUUGAACACGUUCAUCGACGAUUUGUUUGCCUUCGUGAUCAAGAUGCCGUGGAUGCAUCGGCUGAGCUGCUUUCGUGACGAUCUGAUCUUUUUCAUUUACCUGUAUCAGCGCUGGAAGUACCCCGUGGAUGCCAAGCGCACGAACGAGUUUGGCCAGGGCCCAAUGGAAGACGAAGCUGCGUCUAACGCCAUUGCCCCUGGCGCAGAGCUCGAGCCAGAGUCGGACGACAAUGCCGCUCCGGAGUCGAUUGCCGCCGCUGUAGACGAAACUGAAGAUGUCUUGCCUCUGCCAUCUGCCCCUCUAUCGACAGAGUAUCUCAUGUCCAAGCGCAACAACACACUUGAGGAGGAGACAAGUUGGGCGGAGUAA